CGAUUCAAACCGGAAGUCAUAUUGUGGCAGCUAGCGAAUAGGUUUCAGUUAGCUAGAUUAGCAGUUGAGUUUAUCUUCUUGUUAUCCAGCUAAUUUACUAACGUCCAUGUUUUUAUGACGUAACUCUCCGGAGACAUGGAUACCACAAUGUUUCAGCUGAGGUCGUUUGUUCAUCAGCGGCUGUAUACAGCGGCAGAGGAGAUCCUGGGAGAGGUGGAGAAAACUAUAACGUUAGCUUUGUACAAAGCCGAAGUUAGUCAAACUAAACAGGAGGUUGGAAGUCUGCGACAUCAGCUAACGAUAGACCUUCAAAAGAAAUCAGCAGCUGCAGAGCCUUCACUGACCAUCAGCACAGGGCAACGUGGAGAUGAAUGUGAUGCCCCACUGCUGCAGGAGAACACUGGUCCCUCAACACCAGAAGAGGACAACUUUAGUCUUGGUGCUGAGGUGCCAGGACCCUCUCAAACCAGUGGAGAUCCAGGCAAUAAUAACUGGAACUACUGCUUGGUUCAGACAGACUUUAGGAUGUUAGAGAUAAAAGAAGAACAGGAGGAACUUGGGGAUGACAGUCAAACACAAGAGAUGGUUUUUCCUUCUCCCGAAAUUGUGAAAAGCGAGGAAGAUCAGCCAGAGACACAACUAUCAUAUGAAAUGCAGCCAGUUUCUUCAGAGUGCUCUGCAGCUCAGAGUGAGAACAAUGGCAGUGAUGAGGAGUUGGUUACCAGCAAAGAAGAACAGACCAUAACAAUGAAAAGGAAAGGAAAGAUGUUGCAUGGACAAAGUGGCAACGUUAAUGAGAAGGCAGCAUUGCCUCAUGACAAAAGUUCUGCUAAAAGUGAAAAGGAACGCAGUUUUUGCCAUUUUUGUGGCAAGGGAUUUCAGUACGUCGGCUCUUUGAUGAAGCACAUAAAAACACAUGAGAACAAUUUUGAUUGCACGGUUUGUGGGAUGACAUGCCAGUCAACAGAGCAGCUGAUAACUCAUGUGAAAAGUUGUCAUAACAAAACACAUUUUUGUGACGCUUGUGGCAAGACUUUUGCCAAUAUCCGUUGUCUCCGGCUGCAUGAAAAAAUACACACAGGCAUAAAAGAGUUUGUCUGUCAAGAAUGUGGUAAGACAUUUUACCGAAGAGAACAUCUGAUUGUGCAUGUGAGAACCCAUUCUGGGGAGAAACCUUAUCACUGUGAUAUUUGUGGAAAAUCAUUCAGUCAGAGCCAGAACCUUACAAUUCAUAAAAGAAGUCAUUCAGGGGAGAGACCGUAUCAAUGUGGCCUGUGUGGCAAACUUUUUAAUACUAGCAGUCAUCUCAAAACACACAUGAGAUACCAUUCAGGAGAAAAGCCAUAUUCAUGUGAUAUUUGUGGUAAACAUUUUCGCCAAAACGGACAGAUGACUAGACAUAGGACCACACAUACAGGAGAAAGGCCAUAUGGCUGCCAUGUGUGUGGUAUGAGAUACAGGUUUGCACCUAAUCUGAAGAUGCACCUGCAAAUUCAUGAAAAGGCAGCCUCUGAGUGAAAAAGGUUACAUAACCAGACGGCCAUCUCAGGGCUCAAUUACAAAUCAUAUAUAUCGGUAAGUUAGAUUUGUUUUGAAGAGUAAUUGAAAGAGCUAGUUCACUUAUCAGAAAAAAAACACAAUCUAAAUAUGUUCAUAAAUCUCUUUAGGUUUCUGAUUCUGGAUAUAAUUUAGACUGCUGCAAUACAGUAUGUUGGCACUUAUCAAGAUGGUAAUCUGAUCCGCACAGGUAAUAAAAUCAACUUUCACUUUGACCAUCAGACUGCAGAGCAGCAUCUCUGGAGCUGCGCUUUUUCACAGUUCAUGUGUGGUUUUUGUAUACUGUUUUGUGUAAUUUGUUUUAAUGGUAAAACCAAAUUUCCACAUGGGGGAACAAUAAAGUUUAUUGUGCUGAAAACUA